AUGGAUUACCGCACAGCUCAUAGUCCGAUUAAGCUCGGCCUUCCGCCACUCGAGAUUUUCCAACUUCCUUUCAGCCAGCCUCCCAAGACAGUCCCACAUGUUCCCCAACCCCCUUCGAAUAUCUCCGCGGAAGUGCUUUUUCGACCGGUCAUAAUUGAUCCUGCUAUAUUCCACAUUUCGCAUGAUCUUCCCACUGUUCUCACUUUCACGGCGAUAUACAUUGCCGCGGUGAUAUUCUUGAAUCAAUAUAAUGCUAGCCGGCAGCAUAGGCCAUGGGCCUUCAGCAAAAAGCCUAUGUUUAAAGUUCUCGUACUAGCACACAAUACCUUGAUUGCGCUAUUUUCAGCGUGGACGUUUUGCGGACUGCUUUACCUCACAAACAGCGGUUGGCCGUCGGCAGUAGGAGGGGAAGAAUCUAAUUACUACGCUGGUGUGGCGGAGUAUCUUUGUGAAACGGAGUCAAGUGCAUACCGAGUUUUAAUACGUUCAAAAAGCCUCUGGGAAGGAGGAGGCUCUUAUAUUGGCUGGCUCUUCUAUAUGAGCAAGUUUUACGAAGUCGUUGACACGCUAAUCAUUCUUUCGCGAGGGAAAACCAGCUCAACGUUGCAAACUUAUCAUCAUGUCGGUGUGAUCAUAUGCUCAUAUGUAGCGUUGGAAUAUGAAUCACCUUUGGCUUUUGUUGGCAUAAUAUUGAAUUCGGGGAUCCACACUUUAAUGUACUCAUACUUCGCUAUCCAAACACUUGGGGUUCCAAUUUCCUUGAGCUUCAAACGCACCUUGACCAGUCUUCAAAUCGCUCAGUUCGUAGUGGGAUUGGUCUGGGCCUCCAGUUAUCUCUUCGUGAGUUAUAGGGUUCAAUCCACUGGAAAGCGCAUCCAAAACGCCUUGGAGCCUCCUUCGGACUGUUCUGCAAGCCUUGAGCACCCUUCAGUCGUUGCUGACGGCAUGGCCAGAAUGGUGGCCAAUGAGAGUGCAAUCCCAUGCUUGAGUGGUAGCGGGGAUGCUUUUCCACUUAUAUUGGCAGCCCUCUAUCUGUUGCCUCUGAUCUUUCUUUUUGUGCAAUUUUACAUCAAAUCAUAUAGAAAGAAGAUAGAAUGA